AUGGCGAAGGCUCCAUUGCAGCAAAUUCCGGAGUUGGGGUUUAAGGAAACUAUCCUUGAAAUCCUAAGUGGUCAGCAACAACUUAUGGCCAAGAUGUCCGAGCAGAUUGCGGCCGCGUUGAGCGGAAAUUGCCAAACAUCCCGUGGCAGCGAAUUCGUGCUAGAUUCCCUGGCGAGUAAUAUCACCGAGUUUGCAUACGACCCAGACAACGGAUGUUCGUUCGAGGCCUGGUUCGUAAGGUAUGCGGAUCUGUUCGAGAAGGAUGCAGCUCAACUUCCGGAUGAUGCCAAGGUACGACUGUUACUCAGGAAACUGAAUCCCGCAGCACACGAAAGGUAUACCUCUUUCAUUCUACCGAAGCUCUCUAAAGAGUUCACGUUCGGGGAGACGGUGUCCAAAUUAACAUCCAUAUUUGGCACACCUGUUUCUACAUUUAAUCGCCGCUAUCAGUGUCUCCAAACUCAAAAGGAUGACACUGAAGACUUCAUAAGCUACUCCUGUAAGGUUAACCGAGCUUGCGUUGACUUCAAGCUACAGGAUUUGAAAGAGGAUCAAUUCAAGUGCCUGAUAGUCGUGUGCGGUUUCAAGCAACCAUUACCAUCAGUGGCAACCAGAGAAAAGGCUCAGACCUAA